GCGUCGCUGGUGGGGUCGGAGGGGGGAAGCAAAAGGGGCUGAGGCACUUGAGGCGAGGAAGAAGUGGACGACGACGCUGCCCCCCUCCUUCCUUCCUUCUAGAAUCUUCCAUUGGCUCGUUUUAUUAUAUAUACAGAUUGUUUCUCCUCAGCGCCUCCAUUUUGUUUCUUUGAGCAUAUCUGUCUAUCUUUUGCGGAGGUUUAGCUCAGGAUGCGGGCUGCGACGGGGCCUUCCUCUUCGUCCUCCGCCUCAGGCUCCGGGAAAAAGAAGCAGCAGCAACCGCAGCAGCAGCAACCAGGGACGCCGCCCAGCAGCAGCAUCAGUACCGCCGCCGCCGUGGAAGGCCGCUUCAGCGUCCUGAGCUGGGAGCAGGUGCAGCGGCUGGAGCACAUCCUCGAGGAGGCCGUCCCCAUCCACGGCCGGGGGAACUUCCCCACUCUGGCCGUGCGCCCCACCAGGAUCGUCCAGGUGGUACGUAGCCGUCUGGAAAAGCAGGGCAUCACAGUCCACAAUGUGAGGUUGAAUGGCUCAGCAGCUAGUCACGUGCUGCAUCAGGACAGUGGUUUGGGCUAUAAAGAUCUUGAUCUCAUCUUCUGUGUAGACCUAAAACGUGAGGAUGUCUUCCAGCUGGUUAAAGAUGUCGUGAUGGACUGUCUAUUGGACUUCCUCCCGGAAGGAGUAAACAAAGAUAAGAUCACUCCCAUGACUCUGAAGGAGGCCUACGUGCAGAAACUAGUGAAAGUGUGCAAUGAAACAGAUCGCUGGAGCCUUAUAUCACUGUCAAACAACAGCGGGAAGAAUGUGGAACUCAAAUUUGUAGACUCUCUCCGAAGGCAGUUUGAGUUCAGCGUAGACUCUUUCCAGAUAAUAUUGGACUCACUGUUGCUUUUUGGAGAGUGUUCAGAAAAUCCCAUGUCUGCAAACUUCCACCCAACUGUCACGGGGGAAAGCAUGUAUGGGGACUUUGAGGAGGCGAUGGACCACCUGAGGAAUCGGAUCAUUGCCACUAGGAAUCCAGAGGAAAUCAGAGGCGGUGGGCUUCUCAAGUACUGCAACCUUCUUGUGAGGGGAUUUAAACCCAAGUCUGAAGUUGACAUGAAGGCACUACAGAGAUACAUGUGUUCCAGGUUUUUUAUAGACUUUCCUGACAUAGGGGAACAGCAGAGGAAGCUAGAGUCUUACCUCCAGAGCCACUUUGUUGGAAUGGAGAGUAAAAGGUAUGAUUGCCUGAUGACCCUGCACAGAGUGGUGAAUGAAAGUACAGUGUGCCUGAUGGGACAUGAAAGGAGGCAGACGCUAAACCUCAUUGCCAUGUUGGCUUUGAGGGUCCUGGCUGAGCAGAACAUAAUCCCAACGGUCACAAAUGUGACCUGCUAUUAUCAGCCAGCACCAUAUGUCAGUGAAGUCAAUGUCAACUACUAUGUAACCCACAUGCAGCCUCUCCUGCCUUGCAGUCACUCCUACCCAACUUGGCUCCCUUGCAACUGAGCACUGAAGUGGUGCCAGUCCUUGUCCUGUGGGGAGCAGAGGUUGUGGGCUCUGAAGAAAAAAAUGGUCCUCUUGCUCCUGCAUUGAAACUAAGUCUGCUGUAUAUCGUGGGGCAAUUGUGCAGUGUUAUGAGUAGUUAUCAGAAAUGUUUACAAUAAAAAAAAGCUUGAGUUAUGUAUGGGGUGGGUGGAUAGGAUUAGGUUUAAAGGUAGAGCUGCACUACCUGAAAUGCGAGCUGAUUUUUUUCUCUCUUUAGUACAAGAAGCAUGAACGGUUGUGCAGACUCAGUUUCAGAAGAUACGCCAAAGUGGCUGAUUCCUUUUAAGGGACCAAAGAAAUCCUAUUCAAGUGCCUGUUAAACCUUUAAUUUUUUUUUCUGUAGGGAAAGAAUUCCUUAUUAGUAGUUUAAUUGGGGAUGUCUACAAUUAAUUUUGGGGUUUAGGGUCACUGAAUCAUUUCUGUCAAGGGAAAAUGACAUGGGCAGGGGUUUGCAAGAGCAGCCUCUGCACCAUGGUUUGCUAUCUGAUGGACCAGCAGUACUGAUUAAUAGAGCAGAGCCAGGAAAAAAAGUGGGCCGGAUUCAUACUAGAGUUUGGAGAAGUUAUUCAUUUGGACUACAACUCUUAGAAUUCACCAAGACCAUCAUUGGCUCUUGGUCAUGUUUGCUUAGGGAAUCUGGGAGUUGUAGUAAAAAAAAACAAAACUUUCCCAAGCUGUGUUCUUAAUAGUAGAGAUGUUUUGACAAGAAUGAUGUUGUACCUUAUCAUGAGAAAGAAGCAACAGGGACCUGUCCCCAAAUGUGCAGUGCCAAAAAUCUGAGUGGUGAGUUUAUGAAGAAAAGGAUUUGCAUCGGUAUACCCUUUUGUUUGGGAGGAGGCAAUAGGGAGUGGUCUCUCGAAGAUGAAAAGUUGUCUACCAACUACUAGCAGGCUAAAAUGAACUGGACCUGAAGCACAAUCAGAUGUGGGCAGACCAAUAUACAUUAUUAGGAGCAGCUUUGGAUCUGAGACUACAAGAAUCCCAGGCUUCUUAAGGAAAGCAGUUGCAGACUCCCUUGCAUGAGAGUGCGCAUCUGUUCUUAUUGGCUGCCUAUGUCCACCUGCUCUUCUCCAUGUCAGAGAAAGAUAGCAUUUUAUAUCCUAGCAAUGGGCCUCUUUUUAAAUGACGUGCCCUGAAGUUUGGUUCUUCCUGCAGUGGGAGAGAGCUGUUGAAAGCCAGAUUUCUGUGUCCAGGAGACUUCUGUGUCCAGGAGACUCUUGGUGUCUUGUACAAAUACAUGAGCUUUUGAAGCAACUACUUAUACAGCACAAUACUCCCUUUUUCUUUUUCCUGACGUUUUGGAUUGCAUAGCAAUUCUUUGUGCAAUGUGUCAGUUCAGGUUAGUACUUUAUGCUUUUUUAGAAAGAUGAGGCAGUGAACACUGUGGCUUUUGGGCAGGCCUGCUCUGGAAGGGCUAUAUGAAGAUGGCUUCAUGGUUGUAUCCUUGAAGGUCAACAUACUUAUCUUGUUUCUUUGCAAUAAAGAUGUACCGUAUUGGGGCAGGCUGAAAAAAAAAAUUGAAAUAAACUAUCAUACUUGGAAUGUGUCUAGGUAAAAUUCUGCCUCUUCCUGGGGAAUAUGAGUUGAAUUGGUACGGCCAAACCCACAUUGCAUCUUCUGCCAUACUGACAAAUAUCUGCUUCUCCUUUGCCCACUUUCACAACUCUUACAAGCUGCAAAGGGGCAACUGUCCACUUUUAGAGAUGUCUAAUACAAUGUAAGCAGGGAGUUCUCAUUCUGCAGAUACUUCCUUUGUACAUCAUUGAAUUCUUCCAUGUUCCAAGAUAGAUGUGGCCACAUUGUCUGAUGUGAAGGAGCUGUAGUUAAGAUUUCCUUUUUCCACACCAAGAAAAGGUUGUUUCUACACUGUCACCUAUAGCAGCCCCUCAGUGUUUCACAUUUAAAAAGACAGAACUGGGUUUUCACUAAAAUAGCACAGCUGACUAGCAGCAUUUUUGACUGAAUUAUGGCUGAGGAAACAUAAAUAAUAGAACUGCCUCUUUAAAAUGAUAAAUAUGUGUUUUAAACAAAUCCUUCCUUAUAACCAAGGGCUUGCUGGAGGAAUUCUUUAAAAAUGCACUUUUGUGGCAUGAGAGGGGUGUGUGUUUGUUUGUGUGGUGAAACUCUUACAAAUGGAGGCUGCAUCAGACAUAUGCUGUGAUCAUGUUGUUUUUGUACGUGUGGCUAUUCUGAAGCUUUGAGGAGUAUGACACUUUGAAUGAAACUUCCAGACUUGUGUUUGAAUGUGCUCUGCAGCUAUCAAAACCUGUCAUGCACUAGGCCUGACAUGAGACUUGCUAGAUUCUUUAGAAUCUGUCACCAUAAAUAAAUACAAUGUAUUGAACUCUG